GGAGCCGAGCCGGGGCAGCGCCGGGGCCGCCCGCAGCGCGCAGGAGCCGCGGAGCGCAGCCAUGAGCCGCCGUGUGGUGCGACAGAGCAAGUUCCGGCACGUCUUCGGGCAGCCGGUGAAGGCUGAUCAGAUGUACGAGGACAUCCGUGUCUCCAAGGUGACAUGUGACAGCUCCUUCUGCGCCGUCAACCCCAAGUUUGUGGCCAUCAUCGUGGAGGCCGGUGGCGGAGGGGCCUUCAUCGUGCUGCCCCUUGCCAAGACAGGACGGGUGGACAAGAACCACCCGCUGGUGACGGGGCACACGGCGCCUGUGCUGGACAUCGACUGGUGUCCCCACAACGACAACGUCAUCGCCAGCGCCUCCGAGGACACCACGGUGAUGGUGUGGCAGAUCCCCGACUAUGUCCCUGUGCGCAACAUCACGGAGCCCGUGGUGACGCUGGAGGGUCACUCCAAGCGGGUGAGCAUCAUCUCAUGGCACCCCACCGCCCGCAACGUCCUGCUCAGCGCCGGCUGCGACAACCUGGUGAUCCUCUGGAACGUGGGGACAGGGGAGAUGCUGCUGGUGCUGGAGGACAUGCACACCGACCUCAUCUACAACGUGGGCUGGAACCGCAACGGCAGCCUCCUCGUCACCACCUGCAAGGACAAGAAGGUCCGAGUCAUCGACCCCCGCAAGCGACAGAUCGUGGCGGAGAAAACCAAACCGCACGACGGCACCCGCCCCAUCCGCGCCAUCUUCAUGGCCGAUGGCAAGAUCUUCACCACCGGCUUCAGCAAGAUGAGCGAGCGGCAGCUGGGCCUCUGGGACCUGGAGAGGUUUGCCCCCCACGAAGGGCUGAGGCCCGUGCGGGCCAUCUUCACGCGGGAAGGACACAUCUUUACCACGGGCUUUACCAGAAUGAGCCAGCGGGAGCUGGGCUUGUGGGACCCGAAAAACUUUGAGGAGCCCAUCGCCCUGCAGGAGAUGGACACGAGCAAUGGGGUCCUGCUGCCCUUCUAUGACUCCGACUCCAGCAUUGUCUACCUCUGCGGGAAGGGUGACAGCAGCAUCCGGUACUUUGAGAUCACGGACGAGGCACCCUACGUGCACUACCUGAACACCUACAGCAGCAAGGAGCCGCAGCGGGGCAUGGGCUUCAUGCCCAAGCGUGGGCUGGACGUCAGCAAGUGUGAAAUCGCCAGGUUCUUCAAGCUGCACGAGCGCAAGUGCGAGCCCAUCGUCAUGACGGUGCCGCGCAAGUCAGACCUCUUCCAGGAUGACCUGUACCCCGACACGCCGGGCCCCGAGCCGGCCCUGGAGGCAGACGAGUGGCUGUCGGGGAAGGAUGCAGAGCCCAUCCUCAUCUCGCUGCGGGACGGGUACGUCCCCGUCAAGAACCGGGAGCUGAAGGUGGUCAAGAAGAACAUCCUGGACAACAAACCUCCCCCAGGCCCUCGCCGCCGACAAUCCACCUGCGACCUCGAGUUCUCUCAGACAGCCUUGGAGGAGGUGCUAGAGGAGAUCCGUGCCCUGAAGGAGAUGGUCCAAGCGCAGGAGAAGCGCAUCUCCGACCUGGAGAACAAACUCUGCCAGUUCACCAACGGCACGGACUAGCGCUGCGGCUGCGGCCACGGGCAGGGCAAGGACUACCCCGGCCCCCCCGGGGAUUAAAGCCGAGUCCACGCAGAGGGCAGGAGCCCAGAGCCAUGUUCUUUCCCCAGAAGCUGCAGGGAGGGGGUCGGACCUUGACCCCUUGGCUGGCAUCGGCCGCAUCUCGCUCUCGGGAUGGCCCGGCACGUCGACAUCCCGCUGCAGCACCCAGGGGGUCCUGCUUUGGUGGGGGCUGCUGAGCACCCCUCCUCGGGGACCUGCAAGCUGGGUGCCAGCACCCUCCCAGGACAGGGAACUGUUGGGCCUCCCCCCGGCCAGGAUGUGCCUGGGUACGGUGCUACAUGCCCCCUGCCUCGACUCCAUCACCCCCCUCACCUCCCCCUGCCCCGUUUCCCCCCUCCAUGGGUGCUCCCGACUGGCUCUUUGCUCCUGGGUCCCCCUUUAAUAAAGGGCUCGGCCGCCUGUGGCCGUGUGGCGGGUACCGGGGCCGUGGCACUGCGGGCAGAGAGGCCGACAGAGACAAACAUUAAAGAGCAUUUAUUGGUGUUGGCCGCAGUGGGAGCUGCUCAGGCUCCCUCGGCCCUGGC